AUGUCACAAAAAGUAGCUACCAAGACUGCUCCAGUCCCAGAAUCCAUUCUCAAAAAGAGAGCCACCUCCCAAAAGAAAGCUGUUGAUGUUGCUAAAUUAGGAAGAGCUCAACAAUUGAGAAACAGCAGAUUAAACUCUGUCUAUUUCAAACGUGCUGAGAAAUACGUUUCUGAAUACCACAAAACCGAACGUGAAGCCAUCCGUUUAAACAGAAUCGCCAAAAACUCUGGUACUUUCUACGUCCCACCAGCUGCCAAAGUUGCCUUUGUCAUCCGUAUUAGAGGUAUCAACGGUGUCUCACCAAAGCCAAGAAAGGUCUUAAAGCUCCUCAGACUCUUACAAUUAAACAAUGGUGUCUUUGUCAAAUUAAACAAAGCUUCAAUCAACAUGCUCAAACUUGUUGAACCAUACGUUGCUUAUGGUUUCCCAAAUCUCAAAUCAAUCAAAGAAUUAAUCUACAAGAGAGGUCACUUAAAGAUUGACGGUCAAAGAAUCCCAUUAACCUCUAACGAUAUGGUUGAAAAACAACUCGGCAAAUUCGGUAUCAUUUGCGUUGAAGAUAUCAUCCACGAAAUCACCACUUGCGGUAAACACUUCAAACAAGUUAACAACUCUUUAUGGCCAUUCAAAUUAAACUGUCCAAGAGGUGGUUUCAACAUGAAGAAAACUCCAUUCCUCCAAGGUGGUGAUGCUGGUAACCGUGAACACUUAAUCAACAACCUCAUCCACAGAAUGAACUAA